ACUGAACAAAGUCUUUUUCCAUUAGAGCCUUUUUAAAGCCACAGUUGCAGGGCCAGACUGUGGUUCGUCAGAAUCGCAUGAGUCGAGUAUAGUAUUCGACUACGGAGAAACAAGGGUGGCGACCAACAGCAGUGUGUCUUUAUCGCCAAAAUGGAUUAUGAGAUGGAUAUUGAGCCCACUGGGCCCCAGGUGACCGUGAGAGAGGCCGAGCCAUACCGCGUCGAUUUCAAACUCAGCUCCGUCGAUCUCGCCUUCGCCAACUCCCUUCGCCGAGUCAUCCUCGCCGAAGUCCCAACGAUGGCCAUCGACCUGGUCGAAGUCGAAAAGAACACCUCUGUACUCCCCGACGAAUUCCUCGCCCACAGACUGGGCCUCAUCCCCCUCAACUCGAAAAACUGCGACCAGGACGUUGAGUACACGCGCGACUGCGAAUGCGAGGACCACUGCGCGCGCUGCAGCGUUACGCUCACACUGCACGCGCGUUGCACAGGCGACGAGAUCAUGCCCGUCUAUGCGCGGGAUCUGGUCGUCAGCGGCGAGCGCGCCAACGAGUGGGUGGGGAACCCCGUUAUCACGGAUCCGGAGGGGAAGGGCCCUCUGAUCUGUAAGCUGCGGCGGGGGCAGGAGCUCAAGAUGAGCUGUGUUGCGAAGAAGGGGAUAGCCAAGGAGCAUGCGAAGUGGGCGCCCACUGCGGCGGUUGGGUUCGAGUAUGACCCGCACAAUAACCUCCGGCAUGUGGAUUACUGGUACGAGGAGGAUCCCAUUAAGGAAUGGCCCGUCUCCGCAAACGCCGCCUGGGAACACGCCGCUCCCCCUGACCAACCGUUCGACUACGACGCUCAACCAAACAACUUCUACAUCGACGUCGAAAGCAUCGGCAAUCUCGACCCGGACAUGAUCAUCCAGCAGGGCAUCAUCGUCCUCCAACGCAAACUCGCCACCGUCAUCUCCUCCCUCUCCGGCGCCGGCAACGGCGGUCGCAACGGCCUCCCCGAAGACGAGGAUAUGAUGGGUGUGCGCAGUCCCGACGCCUACGAGCCGCCAGAGGGCAUGGACGGCGGGUUCACGGCAUACGCCAACGGCGGCACGAGUGCCUGGGGAGCCAGCGCGGCAACUCCCUACGGUGCGACGCCGUACGGCGGCGGUGGGUACGGCUUCUAGGCUGUAGUCCUCCUUUUAAUCUUCCCGGGUCGAGACUAAAACUAAACUGAAAAUGAACAUGAAAAGUGAUUGAGGCCGGGGGUGGGGGGGCGGCGGGCGAAGAAAGCGAGACCUCUCUGUGGCCUACUCAAGCAUCCGAAACGGAGUUCUAUGGUGUUUUGUCUGGUUUUACGGGGCGCAAUUUCAAUGGGAUUCUCUUCCAUUCAAUAUUCAUCUUUUCUCUUUGACUGGUGGGAUCUUCUUUUGGAUUCUUAAACAGUUCUUGUACAUCUUGCUGCGAAAAUGAAAUCUCGGAAAUAUCAUCUAGACCGCGAACAUGAAGGCCUCAAAGU